AGAGCUCUCUCGGGCACGCUCUCUCUCUCGCCUGGUUUUGAGUGUCGUUGACUGCCGCAAAGCGUUUGUUGAGCUCGGAGUUGCUGCUGCUCCUGCAGGAUGGCGGGCAUUCAGGGUCCUGGCCAUUCUUAGUGUUGACGCGUCGCUGGGCUUUGUCAGUUGUGCCUGAGCUUGUGCCAGAGACAGUCAGUGAGUCAGUCAGCGAGUCUGUGAGCGAGUCUGGUUUCCGUUUCCGUUUAGCAAGUCCCUGGCUGGUAAUCUGUGGUUGUGUACCUUUUUCUAACUGCUUUUAUAGACAUUCAAAAUAUUGAAAAUAAAUUUGAAAAAAUCCACGCCAUAUUUUUCUAACAAUUUUAUGCAAAAAGGUUUCUACUCGUGAGCUGAUUGCCCAAAUAAAUACAAAAAAUAAAUAAAUACAAACAACAAGUAUAGCUUAUAAACUUGUGUGUGUGUGUGCGACUGUGUAUGUGUGUGUGUGUGUGAGUGUGUGCGCGCUUGUGUGAGCAAUUGAUUAAACAAAAGGCAAUUGGUAACCUAGGCCAACUGGAAUUAUAGAGACCACCCCACCAAUACAAGUGACUUAAAAUCAAAUCAAAUAUAAUGGGCUGCAACACCAGCCAGGAGCUGAAGACGAAGGAUGGCGCCGCCAUCGACGCGGUCAGCAAUGGGGAGCCGGAGCCGAGUGCUCCGCAAAUGGAGAACGUAGGUCUCCAGUCCUCCGCAAAGUCCUCAAACAAUCAUACAAAUCACGCCAAAUCAAAUUCAAUUACCUCCAAUGGUGAUGCCAAGGCGCCGAACGUCGGCGGCAGUGGUGGAGGCGGAGGCGCCUCAUCCGAAGCAACAAAUGGCAUUGAUCGUCCAUUCGAUAAGGCGGCAAUCACGGAACUCGAUGACGUCGACGACGAGGACGAAGAACCGGAGGUGGAGAUACUCAUACCACAUCACCACCAUCACCAUGGCAGCAAGAAAUUCCAUCGAAAUCCGUUGAAAAAUUUGGAUCUCGAUUUUAAAUUCGAUGUUAAUUCGUUUUAGCCAACAACCAGUCCGUCAACCGGUAACUAUUGGCAUUUAACAUUUUACCAAAAUCAGCAUUCAAUUUCUAAUAAUAAAAAUAACAACAACAG